CAUCGAGUCUCGCGGCCCCGGUUGCUUGCAACAUUUCCCUCUGCUCUUUUUCCGCCGCGAUCUCUGUAACGGACUCGCAGAACCAAACUUUCGUGUAUUUUUCCUGUAAAAUCUAGACACCAUGGUUAACUUCACCGUAGACCAGAUCCGGCAGUUGAUGGACAAGCCGACGAACAUUCGUAACAUGAGUGUCAUUGCCCAUGUCGAUCACGGCAAGUCCACGCUGACCGAUUCGCUCGUGUCCAAGGCCGGUAUCAUUGCCGGAUCAAAAGCUGGAGACAUGCGAUUCACAGAUACAAGAGAGGACGAAAAGGAACGCGGUAUUACGAUUAAAUCCACAGCCAUUUCCAUGUACUUCGAGGUCGACAAGGAAGAUCUCCCCUCCAUUAAGCAAAAAACCGAGGGCAACGAGUUCUUGAUCAACUUGAUCGAUUCGCCCGGGCACGUAGACUUCUCGUCAGAAGUCACUGCCGCUCUCCGUGUGACGGACGGUGCCCUCGUCGUCGUCGACUGUGUUGAGGGUGUCUGCGUGCAGACCGAGACCGUGCUCCGUCAGGCGCUGACCGAACGUAUCAAGCCUGUCGUCAUCAUCAACAAGGUUGAUCGCGCUCUCCUCGAGCUGCAGGUGACCAAGGAGGAUCUCUACCAGUCCUUCCAGCGCACAAUCGAGACCGUUAACGUCAUCAUCUCCACCUACCACGACGAGGCUCUCGGUGACGUCCAGGUCUACCCCGAGAAGGGUACCGUUGCUUUCGGCUCUGGCCUCCAUGGAUGGGGUUUCACCCUCCGUCAAUUCGCCUCCCGCUACGCUAAGCGUUUCGGUGUCGACAAGGAGAAGAUGAUGGUCAAGCUCUGGGGCGACAACUUCUUCAACCCUGCCACCCGCAAGUGGACGACCAAGGGCACAGACGCUGACGGCAAGCCUCUGCAGCGCGCGUUCAACCAGUUCGUCUUGGACCCCAUCUUCAAGAUCUUUGAGGCCGUCAUGAACUUCAAGAAGGACGACAUCGCGCCCAUGCUCGAGAAGCUCGAGAUCAAGCUCGCGCAGGAUGAGCGUGAUCUCGAGGGUAAAGCCCUCCUCAAGGUCAUCAUGCGCAAGUUCUUGCCCGCCGGUGACUCCCUCUUGGAGAUGAUAGUCAUCAACCUUCCCUCUCCCGCCACCGCACAGCGCUACCGUUGCGAGACCCUCUACGAAGGUCCCAUGGACGACGAGUCUGCCAUUGGAAUCCGUGACUGCGACCCCAAGGGUCCCCUCGUGUGCUACAUUUCGAAGAUGGUGCCGACGUCCGACAAGGGACGUUUCUACGCCUUUGGUCGUGUCUUCUCUGGUACCGUCCGCUCCGGUCCCAAGAUCCGCAUUCAGGGCCCCAACUACCUCCCCGGCAAGAAGGAAGACUUGUUCAUCAAGUCCGUCCAGCGCACCGUGCUCAUGAUGGGUCGUUACGUCGAGCCUAUCGAGGACUGCCCUGCCGGCAACAUCGUCGGCCUCGUCGGUAUCGACCAGUUCUUGCUCAAGACCGGUACCCUCACCACUUCCGAGACGGCCCACAACAUGAAGGUCAUGAAGUUCUCCGUCUCCCCCGUCGUGCAGGUCGCUGUCGAGGUCAAGAACGCCGCGGACCUCCCCAAGCUCGUUGAAGGUCUGAAGCGUCUCUCCAAGUCGGAUCCUUGCGUCCAGGCAUGGAUCGCUGACACGGGUGAGCACAUCGUCGCCGGUGCCGGUGAGCUCCACUUGGAGAUCUGCUUGAAGGAUCUCCAAGAUGAUCACGCUGGUGUGCCCCUCAAGAUCUCCGAGCCCGUUGUCGGUUAUCGUGAGACCGUCAAGGCCGAGUCCUCCAUCGUUGCCCUCUCGAAAUCGCAGAACAAGCACAAUCGUCUGUACGUCAAGGCCCUGCCGAUCGAUGAGGAGCUCACCCUCGCCAUCGAGAGCGGCAAGGUCACCUCGCGUGACGAUUUCAAGGCCCGCGCUCGUAUCCUCGCGGACGAGUAUGGCUGGGACGUCACCGAUGCCCGUAAGAUUUGGUGUUUCGGCCCCGACACGACCGGCCCCAACUUGCUCGUCGAUGUCACCAAGGGUGUGCAGUACCUCAACGAAAUCAAGGAUUCGUGUAUUGCUGCGUUCCAGUGGGCGACGAAGGAGGGCGUCUGCGCUGAGGAGAACAUGCGUGGCGUUCGCGUGAACGUCCUUGAUGUUACCCUCCACACGGACGCUAUCCAUCGUGGUGGAGGACAGAUCAUCCCCACGUGCCGUCGUGUCACCUACGCCGCUUGCCUGCUCGCGACGCCAGGUCUUCAAGAGCCCGUCUACCUCGUCGAGAUCCAGUGCCCGGAGAACGCCAUCGGUGGUAUCUACUCCGUGCUGAACAAGCGUCGUGGACAGGUCUUCUCUGAGGAGCAGCGUGUCGGCACGCCCAUGUUCACCGUGAAGGCGUACCUGCCCGUCAUGGAGUCCUUCGGCUUCAACGGCGAGCUGCGCGCGGCUACCAGUGGCCAGGCCUUCCCCCAGUGCGUGUUCGAUCACUGGGAGUUGAUGAACGGCUCUCCCCUCGACCCGGGCAGCAAGCUCGAGGAGCUGGUCAAGGGCAUCCGUAUCCGCAAGGGUCUCAAGCCCGAUAUCCCUGCGCUCGACACCUACUACGACAAGCUCUAGGGGCGAGUGAGAGAGAGGAAUGUGCGGGCCUGUGUAGCUGUUAUGUUCUGUUUACGUCCUGUUGUGUCGCUGUAGCGUUUGAUUUACGACUUGUACUUUCUGCAAAGUCACGACAAUUUCACUGUUUCUUGUAGUGAGCGUCGCGGUUGCGGCUG